AUAAUCUAUGUUUUUUGGCCAGCAAUUCGUCGAAUCAGUUUUGUAGAGUUGACAGAAUGAAGUUAUCGCAUUUUUUUCAUAUUAUUCUCAUCUUAUCCUGCCUAGGCGUAUCGCAUUCAUUAUUUGGGAAAAAGAAGAAAUUUCAAAUUUUGAAAUUUGAAGAAUGCUCUGACUACCCCAACCUGAAUAUGCGUGUGAUCGAAUUCAAAAAUCAUGCCUACUCUAAGAAAAAUAGAACAAUGGAAGUUACCCUGCAAGUUGAUAAGGACAUUACUGAAGAUAUGUGGGUCACUACCAAUCUAUGGAAAUGCGAUUUGUCUGGUGCUCCAGAUACCUGCGAAUUCUAUGUCAAAGAUUUGAAGAUCGACAAAUUGUGUGCAAAGAUACCACAGAAAAAUCAGGCGUGGACUAGCAUGGUUGAAUCUUUUCGGCCUGAGUUCUCUUGUCCUUUGAAAAAGGGAAAAUAUGCUUCAGAGCCAGUCAUAGAUGAGACGCCAUUUCGAUUUUUUCCUCUACCUAUGGGAUUAUGGAAGACUAAAGCUUUCAUAUAUGAGGGAGAUGAUAAAAUUUUCUGUCUUGAUUUUCACGCCAAAAUUUAUGAAGUUCGAGAAAAUUAAUGAUUUUUUUAAAGUCAAAUUUAACUUUGAAUAAGCUAAGGAAUGAUUUGUAAAGCAAUAUUUCAAAAAUAA